UGUUCUUUUUCUGUUUUUGUUUUUAAAAAGGCCCUGAAAAUUUAGUUGUAAGAAAAAAUAAUCAAGAAACAUCCUUGGAUCUUCCCAAUCAUACAAGUUAACCCACAAUUUUAUUAAUCAUAAAAAUAAUUUAGAAAAAAAAAAACAAUUUCUAGCUGUGAAUCAACAUUCAAAGCAACAAUGCCAGAAUCGAUCUUGACUUUCUUUCAAUCCGUGGAACCAAAGAGGGACACCUAUGGAUUUGCAGUGAGACCUCAACACAUACAAACAUAUAGGCACUAUGUUAAUAUCUACAAGAAAGAGGAAAAGGAAAGAUUGAAUAUAUGGAAAGUCUUCUUUGACCAGCUUGCAAGACAUAUAGAACCAAGCCUUUUCGAGGAGGAUGAUGGAAAAACAUCGCAAGUUGGGGAUACUAAGCUAAAAAGAAAAGCUCCUGCCGACGCAGAAACUAAAGAGACAUUGCAUGCGGGGCCGGCUAAGGUGAAUGAAGAAGUUGCUUCUGAGGUGCAAUAUAAGGAGGCAUUCCAAAGUAAUGCUAUUAAAGUCAUAGAAGAAGUUGUUUCUCUACAUGAAAGCAAAGAGACAUCACGGACUGAAACCACCGAGUUAAAUGAAGAGGUUUCUUUAGAGAGAAAUAGGGAAGGAGAUACUCCAAGUGCAAAGCCUGAUUCUGUCGGUUCGCCAGAAAGUGAAACAGAAGAGCCCUUUUCUGCUUAUUCAACUGAAAGUGAAAAGGAGGUGCAACUCGCAGAAGAAACAAGGACAUGCAAGGUUGAAAGAUGGGUCAAAACUAGACCAGCUAUUUGUGUCAUUGAGAAUAUGAUGGGUUCCAGGGUUAAGAAGCGAAAGAAUAUGGAAAAUAUGAAUAUGAAUGAAAGUCGUGACCAUCUUCCAUCAAUAAAAGAGACAAAUUUUCCAAAUGGAGAAUCCGAUGAUGAGUUUGAGGAAAAGGUAUGUGUUAAUGAAAUCCCAACUGGGGAAGAAAGUAAUGCAGGCAAUGAGGCUUCUCAAGAACCACCCUUUCCUUGGAAAGAAGAGCUGGAGAGCCUUGUUCUUGGAGGAGUGCCAAAGGAUCUCAGAGGAGAGAUAUGGCAAGCCUUUGUAGGUGUUAAGGCACGACGAGUGGAAGGAUAUUACGAGGAUUUGCUGGCUCAAGAAAACUAUGAUGAUGAUCAACAUAGUAACUCAUCAAGUGUGUUCAAAAGAUGGAGAAAGCAAAUUGAGAAGGAUUUACCGCGAACUUUUCCAGGUCAUCCAUCUUUGAAUGAUAAUGGUAGGGAUUCCUUGAGGCGUUUACUUUUAGCAUAUGCUCGGCAUAACCCAUCCGUUGGGUACUGUCAGGCGAUGAAUUUCUUUGCUGGAUUAUUGCUACUUAUGAUGCCUGAGGAAAAUGCAUUUUGGACCUUGGUAGGCAUUAUUGAUGAUUACUUUAAUGGGUACUAUACAGAGGAAAUGAUAGAAUCUCAGGUUGAUCAACUUGUGUUUGAAGAGUUGAUGCGUGAAAGAUUUCCCAAAUUGGCCAGCCAUCUGGAUUACUUGGGAGUGCAGGUGACAUGGCUUUCUGCACCUUGGUUUUUCUCCAUUUUUAUUAAUAUACUUCCAUGGGAAAGUGUUCUUCGCAUUUGGGAUGUGAUUCUAUUUGAAGGAAAUCGUGUUAUGCUAUUUCGAACAGCCCUUGCUUUGAUAGAGUUAUAUGGUCCUGCGUUAGUUACAACUAAAGAUGCCGGGGAUGCCAUCACUUUGCUGCAAUCCCUUACUGGCUCAACGUUUGAUAGCAGCCAACUUGUUUUGACUUCCUGCAUGGGGUUUUUAUCCGUGACUAAUGCUAAAUUAUACGAGUUGAGUGAAAAGUAUAGACCAGAUGUGCUACUAAUUGUUGAGGAAAGAGCAAAAAUAGGCCGUCAGGUUUGGAAAGAUUCAAAAGGACUUGCAUCUAAGCUAUACAAUUUUAAGCAUGAUCAUGAAUCGUUGAUGGAAGAAAGAAAGUCGGCUAAAGAUUCAGUUGAUGGAGAUGCAUCUAAAUUAGAGCCUCGUUCAUUAUAUCUGGAUGAAUUGCUCUCUAGCCUAAAUGCAGAUUCGGAAGUCGAUUCCCUACCAGAUCUUCAGGAGAGGGUUGGUUGGAUGAAGGUUGAGUUGUUUAGGUUGCUUGAGGAAAAAAGAGCUGCUGUACUCCGAGCUGAGGAGUUAGAGACAGCACUUGUGGAGCUGGUCAAAGAAGAUAACCGGCGUGAAUUAAGUGCAAAGAUUGAAGAGUUGGAGCAAAAAGUUGCUGAUCUGCACCAAGGUCUUGCCGAUAAGAAAGAACAAGAAGCUGCAGUUCACAAGGUUCUGAUGCAGCUAGAGCAAGAGCAACUAAUAACUGAAGACGCUCGUAAACAUGCAGAACAAGAUGCAGCUGAGGAGAGAAACACAGUUAUCGUGCUUCAGGAAAAAUACGAGAAAGCUAUGGCUUCUAUUGCUCUAAUGGAAGAUAGGGUGGCUAUAGCAGAAUCAAUUUUGGAGGCUACCAUGCAAAGUGAACCUGGCCUAACUAAAGUACCCUCUCCUCCACAGACUCAACUAGAUAGUGCUAGAAGAAAGGUUGAGGGGCUGCUGUCAUUUGGACUUAAAUGGCGUGACAAGAGCAAGGGCAAAUCCGAGGAAUCGACGGAGGGUAAAUCCAAUUUAAGCACCCAAGACAAAGAGAACCCUGGUCAUGGGUAGCCCUGGUUUUGUGUUACCUUUUCAGUUUGUGCCUCCACUGCCAUGGAAGCUGCUACUAUGCAUCUAUAUUGGUUUUUAAUUGUUUAUUUGUAGUUUUAUGAAUAUAUUAGCAAAUUAAUGGUAAGAGAGGGGUCUAUUUGUAUGAAGUAUCAAUAUGAACCCAGGUAUACUUGAUUGAUUUGAAGAUUAAUCUAUUAUGCAACAACAUA